AUGGCGGCGGAUUGCGAGGCGGCGGCGCGACUGCUUGCUCGCUCGCUCGCUCCCUCCCUCCCGGGCUCGCUCGUCGCUCGCUCGCUCGCUGGAGCCUCGGAGCCUCUGUCUCGCCGCUCGCCUCCCUCCAGCUCUCGGCUCCCCGCCCCCCCGCCUGCCGCCGCCCCCGCCUCCACCCGCCUCCUCCUCACGCCGCCGCCGCCGCCGCCGCCUCAGCCCGCAGCCGCGCCUCAGCCCGCGAAGCACCUCAGCCCGCGCAGCGCCCCCUGCCGCGCCGCCGGGGACCCGCGGUCACCUCCCGCCUCCGGGCCCGAAGAGGGGGUGCUGGGGCCCCGAGAGAGGGGGGUCGGGCUCGCGUGA